ACACAGUGGCAUUCCUUGUCAAGAAGUUUCUCUAAUCUGACCAUCCGAUCCAACAUGACCCGACCCGGAGCAUAGAUCCAAAAGAAAUAUACACAACGAAGAAGAAGCAACAGUAGAGCUCGUGUUUAUCAAUUCUUCGUCAAAAAAGAAUUUCCGAGAACGAGGACGAUCAUGAGAGAAGAAGAAAUCAUAGAACAACAGGGAAGCUCUGUAGCUGCGCCGCUUAUUUUACUUAUUGUCUUCGCAUUUCAGUACGUUUCACGAUGGCUCCAACAAUUGAAGAAGAAAGGAUCCACGAGUGAUAGAGAAAUGCAAUUGCGGAGAGAAAUAAAACAAAUCUUGAAAGAGGCCAGCUCUUUAACGCAGCCAUCAACGUUUGCACAAGCUGCGAAGCUUAGGAGGUUGGCAGCUGCUAAGGAGAAGGAACUUGCAAAUUAUCAAGAAUUACAGGGCAAGGAGAUGAAGUUGUCUUAUGAUCUGUAUUUGAAAGUUCUGUUAAUUUCAAAGGUUCUUAUAUAUUUUGUGCUGGUUUGUUUGUUUUGGAGAACCCCUGUUGCGGCUGUUUCCCGGCAACUUGUGCAACCUUUUGGGAAGUUUUUAUCUUGGAGGACUGGAGGUGUUUCUAAUAACAAUGUUCUGGUUGGGAUUAUACCUUGGCUGAUAUUGUCUACCAGGGUUAGCAAAUAUGUUUGUCAACUCUUCAAGUAGAGUAAGGACUAGUAAUCUGCAUUUCUUCCUCAUAGACUAAUUCUGCACCGACUAUUUUUUUUAUAUUUCCUAGCUUUUUUCUG